CAGAAAUACUCGUUGGGAUUAAAGGAGAAAAUUUUUUGUGUAUCAAUUUAAUUGAUUUGUGUUGUUAAUUGUAAAAUCAGGUCUUAGCGAGCAUCAUGGGCUCGUUAUUCCGCAGCGAGGAAAUGACCUUGUGUCAACUCUUCCUCCAAAGCGAGGCAGCAUAUGCCUGCGUUAGUGAAAUGGGUGAACUUGGGCUUGUGCAGUUUCGUGAUUUGAAUCCCGAAGUGAACGCCUUUCAGAGGAAAUUCGUCAAUGAAGUGCGACGUUGCGAUGAGAUGGAGCGGAAAUUGCGGUAUUUGGAGAAGGAAAUCAAGAAGGAUGGGAUUCCGAUGUUGGAUACGGGAGAAAGUCCCGAGGCACCGCAACCGAGGGAAAUGAUUGAUUUGGAGGCAACCUUCGAAAAACUCGAAAACGAGUUGAAAGAAGUCAAUCAAAAUGCGGAAGCCUUGAAACGAAACUUCUUGGAGUUGACUGAACUCAAGCACAUCCUCCGGAAGACUCAAGUGUUCUUCGAUGAGACAUCACUCUCUGGUUAUUACGGUGCCGGUGGUAGUAAAACACCAUCUUACUCUGUACGCUAUCGAUCACAGAUGGCCGAAUCACAUCGAGAAGAAGAGCAAGUUAAUCUGUUGGGCGAAGAGGGAUUACGUGCCGGCGGCGCACAAAAUCUUAAACUUGGUUUCGUGGCUGGAGUAAUUCUUCGUGAACGAUUGCCGGCUUUUGAGCGGAUGUUGUGGCGUGCCUGUCGUGGCAACGUUUUCCUUCGUCAAGCAAUGAUCGAAUCUCCAUUAGAGGAUCCAUCAACUGGUGACAACGUCUACAAAUCUGUCUUUAUCAUCUUCUUCCAAGGUGACCAGUUAAAAACUCGCGUAAAGAAAAUUUGCGAAGGCUUUCGCGCAACCUUAUAUCCCUGCCCCGAAGCCCCCGCCGAUCGUCGUGAAAUGGCAAUGGGUGUCAUGACGCGCAUCGAGGACUUGAACACCGUGUUGCAACAAACGCAGGAUCAUCGUCAUCGUGUUUUGGUUGCUGCCGCCAAGAACCUCAAAAAUUGGUUCGUCAAAGUACGCAAAAUCAAGGCAAUCUAUCACACCUUGAACCUGUUCAACUUGGAUGUCACGCAAAAAUGUUUGAUCGCGGAAUGUUGGGUGCCUGUUCUCGACAUGGAAACGAUUCAACUGGCUUUGCGUCGCGGCACGGAGCGUUCUGGGUCCUCAGUGCCCCCAAUUCUCAAUCGAAUGGAAACUUUUGAGGCACCGCCGACGUAUAAUCGCACGAAUAAGUUCACGAAAGCGUUCCAAGCGUUAAUUGAUGCUUAUGGGGUAGCAAGUUAUCGUGAAAUGAAUCCAGCUCCUUAUACAAUCAUCACUUUUCCGUUCUUGUUUGCUGUCAUGUUCGGCGAUUUGGGUCACGGAGCAAUUAUGAUGCUUUUUGGAUUAUGGAUGAUUUUGAAGGAGAAACCGUUGCAGGCGCAAAAUAAUCAAAACGAGAUCUGGAAAAUCUUUUUUGGAGGUCGUUACAUUAUUUUCCUCAUGGGAUGCUUCUCGAUGUACACGGGGCUCAUCUACAACGACAUUUUUUCGAAGUCUUUGAACUUGUUUGGGUCCCGAUGGAAGAUUAACUUGGAUAAUUCGACCGUUAUGAGCAAUCAUAUUUUCCAACUUGACCCGAAAGAUCAAUAUGUGGGCACGCCAUACCCCUUUGGGAUGGAUCCCGUGUGGCAAGUUGCUCCGUUGAACAAGAUUAUCUUCCAAAAUGGCUACAAAAUGAAGAUUUCCAUCAUUUUUGGAGUGAUUCACAUGAUUUUUGGUGUCGUCGUUGGCUACUUCAACCACAAAAACUUCAAUAAUCGCAUGGCGAUUUUGUGCGAAUUUAUUCCGCAAAUGAUUUUCUUGGUCUUCCUGUUUUUCUAUCUCGCUUUCAUGAUGUUUAUGAAAUGGACCAAGUACUCGGCUGAUGCCAAAGACCCGAUGUAUGGCUCUGCAUGUGCGCCCUCCAUCCUAAUUACGUUUAUUAACAUGGUUUUGAUGAAAUCGCGUCCCGAACCGAUUCCCGGCAAUCCGUGCAGUCCCUUUAUGUAUGGCGGGCAAUUUGUGUUGCAACGUUUGAUGUUACUUUGUGCGCUCGUUUGCAUUCCGUGGAUGUUGUUGGCGAAGCCGUACUUGAUAAUGAAGGCACGUAAGGAAGCAGCUCAUCAACCGAUGCCUCAAAUUCAACAAGAUGGCGUCGAUCCAGAGUCAGGAGCACAAUUGACGCAACAACCGGCGAAUGGAGGACCUGGACAUGGAGCUGAUGGCGGGCAUGGAGGACAUGCCGAGGAGGAGAUGUCGGAAAUUUUCAUCCAUCAGGGCAUUCAUACGAUUGAAUAUGUUUUGGGAAGCGUUUCUCAUACUGCGUCGUAUUUGCGUUUGUGGGCGUUGUCGCUUGCUCAUGCACAACUGGCUGAAGUAUUAUGGAACAUGGUCCUCAAAAACGGCUUGCAAGCUGACGGAUGGCUCGGAGGCGUCGCAACUUGGGCAAUUUUCGCAUUUUGGGCUGUCUUGACUGUUGGAAUUCUCGUUUUGAUGGAAGGCUUGUCUGCUUUCUUGCAUACUUUACGUCUUCAUUGGGUCGAAUUCCAAUCGAAAUUCUACCAAGGACAGGGUUACGCAUUCACCCCAUUCGCAUUCGAGACAAUUCUUGAGACGCAUGGCGCGGAGGAGUAAACCAAAAAAGAAAAAUUAUGACAAAAAUAGCUAUUUAACCCAC